CUCUCGCGGUCGAAGGAGUCAGCGGAAGCGUCUUUUCCUUUUUCCAAAUCUUCAGUCACUAUCGGGCGAUUCGCUGGUUCGCAACGUUAAUUCUCCGACGAUACUCUCCAACGAGAAGAACGUGUCGAGUUUUAUCGACAAGAACGGCGGUCCCGAUCGGAGGACAGUGAUCGAGGUUCGAACGGAACCGAAAAUUGGAGUUUCGUCAACAGUCGAUCGAGUCAGUCCGCUGAAACGUUCCACCAAUGAGAUAUUAUUAAAUCUAAACGAAUUCGUGAUAUUAAUUUCUACUCGCCGCCUAUCAAAUGACAGAUAGUGCUCUGAUAUACGUUUCCUGUGAGGAUCGUUGAAGUGCAGCUCUGCCGUUACGAUUCUUCACUGAAAAUUAUUUCUCUCCGUACUCUUAAUCCGAAGAAUUUGCAAGAAGAAGACUGGCCAUCCCGGUGGCAGCAAGUUUUGUCAAGUUUGUCUGAGUUUUUGUAACUCGAUCGAUAGAGGCAAGUUGAUUCGACGCGGCAGUUGUGGCCUGGUGCACGCGCAAGCUGGCUUGAAUAAGGGCCUAGGGAGUGCAGGUAGUCUCACAGAAGGGUCCAGUCGCGACGUUGUCAGAUUUCCCGAGAAAGUCGACCAUCCGGUCUAAGGCCUGCGUGUAGCAACAGCGCUUACGGAGUUACGAGAGCGAUGCGAUAAUAGAGUACCAAAGGUACACGAUAACCACGCAGCGAUACGCGCCGAAAAACCAACAAGAAAGCGACGCUUAGGAAUAGCUAGGGGACAAUAACAAUGCGUUGACAGAGGAGUUGCUCGAACUUUCGCUUUUCAAUAGCGCAUAUAUUUGCACGAAGGGGAGUAAAGAUAAAGGAACCGAGAGAAUUUACAAUUGCUCGAGAUCGACGAUACCGUGUGCGCGCCACGUUGAACGAACCAUAUAUAUAAUGAAGUCCCUGAAUCGUUGCAUUGUCGAUCGCGUCUCCCAGACUUCCGCGUGAGAUAGACUCUGAAGUUGUUGAAAACGUUCGUGAAAUUGAAAAAGUACCAGACGAGGCAUAGAUCGAUUAACUUUCCUCGGCUCUUGUUACGAGAAUCGUACAAAAUGUCACUCACCUCGACGAACGAUUGGAACGAAACCUUGUCGAUGAUGGAAUUGAACGCGACCAUGACCGUACCCAGCGUUGUUUUGAACACGUCGAAGAGACACGUGGCUCUCGCUUCUCAGGUGGUGCUCACCCUUGUGUACAUAACCGGUGUAAUCGGCAACGUGUCGGCUCUAGUCAUUCUCUUCCAUCGGGAUAAGAGGAGAAAUCGAAAACACCUGCUGAUGCUGCGUUGUUUGGCCACGAACGAUCUCGUUGCGUUGUUGGGGAUGUUGAUACAGAUGUACAUCACAAUUUACGUGGGCAGCGUGAUAUCCACGAGGGGAUUCUGUUCUCUUCGAGUCGUAUGGAGGCUUUUCGGUUUGUUCAGUGGUUGUGUGGCCAUCGUAAUGGCUGCUGAAAGGUGGCUGGCCUUGACGAGACCCUUCGUUUAUCAAAAGCAGGUGACGUAUCCGGUAAUUGUACGUUGUAUGCUGGUACUUUGGCUGGUUGCUCUGGCGUUGACUAGCCUUCCAGUCCUGGGCUUCGGCUUGUACUACAAGGGGGAGCGAUGCGUUCGAUAUAGAGAAGCAACUGAAUCAGCCGACAUAGCGUACGCUUACGUUUGGUUUGUUUUCGGAACUCUUCUCUGCCUAUCGAUUGUCUGGUGCAAUUUGGCCGUUUCCCGAGCACUUAGCAGGCUAAGUCGAAAGGCUGGCGCACUGAGGCGCGUAACUAGAUCUUCAUCAAGGGCGAAACCACUUUUGACGAUGGCUGGUCCACCAUCAGAAGUCGUCGCAACAGCCGAGGAAAGGGCAUUCGCGAGAUUGAUGGCUGUCCUAUCGAUAUCUUUUGUUAUCUGUUGGAUGCCGCAGAUGAUCUCCAUCCCAUUGGCUCAAUUCGCGAUGCAAUUACCUGAAAAGGCACUGCUAGCGAGGAAAGCGAUUCGCAUGUUCCACGUGGCGGCCGAUAUCCUCCUCUGCAUCCACUUCACCCUGGACCCAUACAUCUACGUGUUGUUGAGGAUGCCUAGGCCCAGAUUCCGUCUUCUGAAACCGCUUUGCAAGAUCUGCUGGCCAGGCAGAAGUCGGUCGAGUUCGUUCACAGGAACUACAGAUCACCAGGGCAGCAGCGGUGGCGAUCCAUCGACGCCAAUCACCGAAGCACCCUCCACGCCAGUCAGCGAGGUACACGAUCCUCAUUUGGUGGCAGUGUCUGUCUGAGACAGGCUUCAGCGAACGAUCUUCAUGAAACAAUUCAAGAGCUGCGACGUUACUAACGUUUAAGUUGUACACUCUUCAAGAACGUUUGAAGGUCUUCGCUAUAUACACGGGGGGAAGGGUGGGAGAGAGGGGGGUCGACACUGUGAAAUUUGAUCGAUUGACACGACUGACACCGCCUCAAUAUUUUAUUAACCAGUCAGCUGUGAUCGACGAGUAUAGUCGUCAUGAAUAGAAGGCAAUAUUUUGUAUUAUCAUGACGAGUAUACUCGACAUGCGUAAAAUUUAGUUACCAUUGGUUACUUAAGAGUAUGUUUCACAUAUUAAUUUGAGUAACAGAAGUAUAAGUGGCAUGAAUAUUUGGGGCGACAUAAUAUGUAGCCGUCGUUGCGACCCAAUAUUACUCUGUGUUUGACGACUAUACUUGUCGUAGCUUGAUUCUCACGGCGUACAUAGGUGCGCGGCCCGAAAAGAAGAUACCACAGCCGACUGGUUAAUCGAGGAAUUGAAAUUGUUGAGAAUUGGACGAUCAUUAGAGGAGUACGACGACGAUGUUUCUAGACAGAUUUUGAGAGAUUAGAAUGGUUAGAAGUAGUAUCUUCCUUCGAGGGAACCUUACGAUCGUACGACGAGUCGAGGGACAAACGAACGCGUUGAGAUUGAUACCUCGCUGAUUUUUCGCGUACAAGUUUCACCAAUUGUUCUCUUAACAUUCGUGUCGCUAUUUUUGUGCCAUAUAUUUUGUUAAUUUCACGAGUCAUUUAUACUAAUAUCGUAACAACGAAUGUAUCAAUAUCUUAUAAACGAAUGUUACAUUCUUUUUUUUUUAUUGUUCUCCAAUACAGUGUCUGAAAGAUAUAGAUAUAGUUGCACGUAUUGGAAUUGCAAUUUGAUUACACGAAGAUGAUGAAGAAGAGGUUCUUGUUCUCUCGUUUGGAGUCGUCUCGGCGAUGUGAACAGAUUAAUAGCAUUCCAAAAAUUAAUUAUUGUACAUGGUGCAAAUAUCUUCGUAAUAGACGUACAUUACCUGUUAGCUUGUGAAGUAUCAGAGCGUUUAAAAUUUGUGCUCGAUGGAAUGUGAAGAACUCUACUCGUUUGCAGAUUGCAAGUGACAGCGAGUCGUGUAUUGUCGAGCGUUACUUUCUCGAAAACAAUUAGUGUUACCGAUAAUUACGCUCUAAAUAGGUCAGGGAUAAAAAAAAAAACACCGCAUCGCUAGUUUCGAUAUGUAAUUCUGUAAAAUUUGCGUAAAUGUAUGUCUAGUCAGUAAAUUAAUGCAGGUAUGCAGUAAAUACAGAUGAACGUAAAGAAUGGAUAUUUACCAAAGUAUUCAAUGCUAAAGCGUAUUUAAUCAUACAAUGUACUUUAUCAAAUCGAACCUAAGGGGAGAGCACAUAUAUGUAUAUGUAUAUUUUCUUGAAUAUAUACAACGAUGAAAAUACUUAUAUUAAUACCCAAAUAAAGUUAUUAAACAAUUUCGUAACAACUCCUAUUAAGUUGUAACUUUACCACAGAUGCCGGUGUAAUUCACAGUCACAAAUAUUUUACGAUCGUUUACUGUGUUUAUGUAAAGUAUCAAUAAACUUUAAUUACCUCUUUUUUUU